UUAACUAAGGUUAAUAAAUACAUCUGAAGAUGGCGGUACUAUCAAAGAACCUAUUUUCAAUAUCUAUUAACGCUAUGACGUUCGUGGUUGAAUAAGGGAGGGGUACUUUUUGUGCGCCGUGUUUGUCGUGUCGUUUUGGUGAGACGUGAUGACGUCAGACUUGAAGGCUCGAGCCGUGUUUGAAGCCGAAAAGGGCGUGAAAGUGUGGUGUGCUCAUCAUUUUAUAUAAUUUAUUUCAUUAGAAAUAUGUACAAAUAGGUGUAGUGUCUGAGUGAAUUGUUAAUUAUGUUCGGUGCUGUCUGUGCGUGAUAGAAAACAUGUUUCGUUGUAUACCGAUAUUCAAAGGGUGUAACAGGCAGGUGGAAUACGUUGACAAGCGUCACUGCUCGUUGCCUAGUGUUCCCGAGGAUAUUCUACGUUAUUCACGUAGUUUGGAAGAAUUACUUCUGGACGCGAACCACAUACGCGACUUGCCGAAGAAUUUCUUUCGUCUGCAAAGACUUCGACGAUUAGGAUUAAGUGACAAUGAGAUACACCGCUUGCCGCCGGAUAUUCAAAAUUUUGAAAACCUCGUGGAGCUGGACGUGUCAAGAAAUGACAUACCAGAUAUACCUGAGAACAUCAAAAAUUUGCAAGCUCUACAGGUGGCCGAUUUUAGCAGCAAUCCUAUACCUAAAUUACCAGCUGGGUUUGUGCAGCUGAGGAAUCUGACUGUUUUGGGUUUGAAUGAUAUGUCACUAACGAACUUGCCAUCAGAUUUUGGAAGUUUAGAAGCACUGCAAUCCUUGGAAUUAAGAGAAAAUUUACUCAAGUCGCUGCCAGAAUCUCUUUCUCAGUUAUCGAAACUUGAAAGACUGGACCUCGGAGACAAUGAAAUUGAAGAGUUGCCAGUGCACAUAGGAAAAUUGCCGGCGUUGCAAGAGUUGUGGUUGGAUCACAAUCAGCUGCAACAUUUGCCACCUCAAAUUGGAGAGUUGACUACAUUGGCUUGCCUCGAUGUGUCAGAGAACAGAUUGGAGGAUCUUCCGGAAGAGAUUGGUGGUCUUAUUUCGCUCACAGACUUGCACUUAUCUCAGAACGUUAUUGAAAAGCUGCCUGACGGGCUCGGCAAGUUGAAGAAACUGACUAUUCUAAAGGUGGAUCAAAAUAGGUUGUCUGCACUUAAUCACAAUGUUGGCAGUUGCGAAAAUCUCCAGGAGCUUAUUUUAACGGAAAAUUUCCUCUUGGAACUGCCGCCAUCCAUUGGAAACCUAUUAAACCUAAAUAAUUUGAAUGUGGAUCGAAACAGCCUUCAGUUUCUUCCUACAGAAAUUGGCAAUUUACUGAAGCUGGGCGUGCUCUCCUUGCGUGAUAAUAAAUUGCAAUAUCUUCCGAACGAAGUUGGUCAGUGUACAGCUCUCCAUGUCUUGGAUGUGUCCGGUAACAGAUUGCAGUACUUGCCGUACUCAUUGAUCAAUUUAAACCUAAAAGCAGUUUGGUUGAGUGAAAACCAGGCUCAGCCAAUGCUGACAUUCCAGACAGACAUUGAUGACGAAACGGAACAGGAAGUACUCACAUGUUUUCUUUUGCCACAACUUGAAUAUCAUCCUGAAAAUCAACAUGAUCGAGGAAGGUUAAGCACGUUGACUGGGAUCCGAGAUACAAUUGUAGGAGACGAAAUGAGAGAAGUAGGAAGCAGCGACGACGAAGGUUGGCAAGAAAGGGAGGCUUCACGUACACAUUCCGUCAAGUUUACGGACGAAGCACCAGACACAGACAAGGAGACACCAUUUGUACGUCAGAACACGCCUCAUCCUAAGGAAUUGAAGGCUAAGGCUCACAAGCUGUUCGGUAAAGGCAAAAAUGAAAGCCGCUCAGGAUCAACUGAGGAGCAGGACGUUUCCCAAACUUUUGGUUUGGAUAAAAUAGAAUCAGAGGAACAAACAAAAGGUACAGAAUUGGAAAAUUUUAUAACUGCUGAACAGGAAAAUCAGCCUUUGCAGAAUUCCGUCGAAGUUGCCAAGUUUGGACUCAGAGUUUCCGCUGUGGAAGCAUUGGAUGAUAUUCGCGAUGUUCCUAUACCAAACGAACAAACACCUGUCCCGCCCCAGCAGCCUCCAGACCAGAAUACUUUGCAGGAUGCAGAAAUAGAGAGACCAUUGCCCAAUGCUAGAAUUAAAGAUGAUUCCGAGGAAGAAGACAUACAAAGGCACGUUGAAUUUUCGGUAACAGAAGAGACUAAUAACGACGAAAGUAUGGGAGACAUGGGCAAACCUAACAGGCUGCACCGUCGAGAUACCCCCCAUCAUUUGAAGAAUAAACGAAUUCAUACGUUGAUCGAUAAGGACAAAGUUGCUUCCAUUAUCGCACAGGCAUUAUUGAAAAAAAGUGAUGAGCUUCCAGUAUCGCCCUUGCCUCCAAUUGACACUACAGACGACCAACACUGUCCAGAUACAAUAUCAGAUGCAGAGCCAUCGAUAGAAGUGCGUGAAGAACAAUAUGAGAUUCACAUAGAAAGAACAACAGGAGGUCUUGGCUUGUCCAUAGCCGGUGGUAUAGGAUCAACCCCGUUCAAGGGGGACGAUGAAGGAAUUUUCAUUUCACGAGUAACAGAGGGAGGACCCGCAGAACUAGCAGGACUCCGAGUGGGAGAUAAAGUGAUUGCCGUCAAUGGGGUUUCAGUUGUUAACGUGGAUCACUAUGAUGCCGUCGAGGUUUUAAAAGCCUGUGGCCGUGUUCUUGUAUUAGUUGUUCUCAGAGAGGUCACCAGAAUAAUUCCAUCAUCAGAACAGACGUCAACAAGGAAAGAUUCGGUGUGUUCAAGUUUGAGCACUAGCCGAGCCCCUAGUGCAACGUCUUAUGUAUCGUCAACUACUCUCUCGCAUCAUCUUGAAAAUGGAGAGAACCAAUUCACACCUCACGAUACUCCGAAGAUAAAAAAAAUACCUGACCCAAUUCCAAAUGCCAGAGCAAGCAGCGAGCCUAUGAUGACUGUAUUGGUGCACACUACGCUUAUUCGGGACCAAAAUGGCCUUGGGUUCAGUAUUGCUGGUGGCAAAAGCUCUCCGCCUUUCAAAGAUAAUACCGAUGCAAUAUAUAUCUCCAGAAUUACUGAUGGAGGCGUCGCACAAAAGGAUGGAAAAUUGAUGGUUGGCGACAGAGUUAUAUCGAUAAACGGAGUUGAAAUGACUGGUGCGAAGCACGAACAAGCUGUAGGCAUGCUUACUGGCCUGGAGAGAUUCGUUAGACUAGUAGUUGAACGCGAAAUACCCUUAUCUCAGGCAAAUUCUUCCAAUCCGUUGACUCCGUCAGAGAAAUCUCCACGAGUCAUUGGAGCACCGCGCCCAUACACGGGACUUUACAAUGCCAACAGUUACAUGGCGAAUAGGCCGGGAUAUGCAGGGUAUCGUCGCUCUAUGGAUGCGGAGAAAAAUUUAUCGCAAAGCCCAACGUCUAAAACACCUCCUCCCACCAAGGAUGAGGUGGUAAAUGGAGCUUCUAAAGUCAAUGGAAUUACCGAAACUGUGAAUCCUCUCAGAAAUUCCACACCAGCAAUGUUGUCUGGCGCUAAUAACGCAAACCAGCCACAACCACAACCACAGCCAGCUCCGCGACAUAGCGUUUCUCAAACAGCAUCCGUUGCUGUUCCCGCGCCAUCUGUAGAGCGAGAAUCAAGGCCGGCUUCACCACAGGAGGAUAUACAGGUACCGAAGCCAAUCACCAACGAGGAAUUUCAGGCCAUGAUCCCUGCUCAUUUCCUACGACCUCCGACAUCCUCGCCCUCACCAGACUCCCACCAGGGCCCUGUCGUCACAGUGACUAUCAAGCAACCCGAUAACCUCCCAAGGGAUAUUAACUUCCCCCCGGCGCCAACCACCAUUGGCAAAGUUACCGAGACCAUCACAAAGAGCACCCUUACUGAAACAGUGGUCACUAGAGUCACCGACAACGAGCUGGUUCACCCAGUCAUCAUUGAGGAUGUGGUGCUGGUAAAGGAAGGAUCUCUUGGAUUCAGUAUUAUUGGCGGAACAGACCAUUCGUGUAUACCAUUUGGAGUUAAGGAGCCUGGAAUUUUUAUAUCUCACGUUGUACCUGAUGGCAUAGCUGCAAAUUCUGGAAAGCUGAGAAUGGGUGAUAGAAUAUUAAAAGUAAAUGGGACAGAUGUAACAAAAGCUACUCACCAGGAAGCCGUGAUGGAACUUCUGCGGCCUGGUGAUUUUAUUACACUCACCAUCCGACAUGAUCCAUUGCCAGAUAGCUACCAACUGGUCGAAAUAGAGUACAUUCCAGUAACAGAAUUAACCAUAGUCAAAGAGCCAGGAGAAAAACUUGGCAUGCACAUAAAAGGAGGAUUAAGAGGGCAACGUGGUAAUCCCUUGGAUCAUACCGACGAAGGCGUUUUUAUUUCAAAAAUCAAUUCUGGAGGCGCGGCCAAACGGGAUAGCAGAUUGAAGGUCGGAAUGAGGUUAUUAGAAGUUAACGGUACAUCCUUGUUGGGCGCAACACAUCAAGAAGCAGUUAAUAUUCUCCGAUGCUCAGGGAAUACGAUAACGUUGGUUGUCUGUAAAGGAUAUGACAAAAACGACUUGGAGCAGGCACUAUACACGUCAAGAGGGAGGGAUUCUAAAGAGUCACAAGGAUCUCGAGAAUACAAGGAUUCUACAACGGAUGAGGUAAAGUCCUUGUCACACAGUGUUUCUAGUUUGGAUCGUGACGACGAGGAUACGGCUACAAUUCGGCAAGAGCAGGAAAUGAAAGCUGAAUUAGUUGCCUGGGAACAAGAAGAACGAGAUCGAGCUAUGAUGGAGUACAGAGAAAAAUCCACACCAGAAAAGGUAUUAGAUGUUGUAAGAGCAGCAGAAUCUCUGGUGAACAAACCAAAUAGUCCGGUCGAUAUGCAUGUACCUCCCAAGUCUCCCGGAGGUACGAAGGACCUGAAAACGACGACUAUUGUUAUGACCAAACAUACCUUAGCACCCCAGAACUCCACUUUAAUUAGCAAAGAAGCUGCUGCAGGAACAUCUGUGGAUGGUGUAGUCUUGUCAAUUCCUCCAGCCUCUUCUACUCAUUCAAAUCCCCAUACCCAAAUCACAAACCAUGAUGUUCACUCUGCAAUGCAGACCCUGCCCUCUCCUUCCACUGGAACAGCAUCCAGUAGAUCUAAAUGUGCUGUGACAUCUGCAACACUUCCAAUGUCUUGUAAAACUGCAGACGCCACAGGGGACGUGUUAUUCUCACACCGUAAUACACCAUUAUCAUCAGUCAGAACAACAUUUAUUGAUACAUCAGUACCUUACAUUCAGCCUCCCAAAUUCCGAAUGCAACAGCGUCCGUUAUCCACUCUUGAACCCACUCAUUCUUCUGAAGAAACUGUUUUCCAAAAGCGAUUUUCUAUUAAUGACCCUUUUGACAAUCAUCGCUCACGCCCUACUAGACUUCCCCCGACGCCACUGACCAGCCCUGGGUACAUUGAAGAUAUCAUUCCUUCUCGUCCUCCUCCCUCCAGAGAAUUACCGCAGAUUGCACGCUCUGUACACUGGAAAUCUCAGGUUGAGCCCACGACAACGCCAUCUCCAACUCCUGCUUCGACACAGAUGUCCGUUAGUGAUCGGAAAAGAUUAUUCGAAUCUGCUAUGGAGGAACACUUGAAACCUUCUCCAAAACCAGAGAAGGUGUUCAGCUUUCUGAGCCAAGAUGAAGUCGAGAACAUGAAACAAGAAGAAGAAAGAAAAAUUGCCACAUUAACACGAGAUGAAUUGAAGUCAUGGGCACAGAUUGAUGAAAAUGAGGCAUUGGAAGAGCCAGAGGAUAUGAUGGAGGAGCAGGAGGACAGAAGACCUAAUAGCCGACUGUCUUCACGAAGUCCUCAUCCCCUAUUACACAACGCACCAAGUAUCGUCAGGACUGCCAAAGCUGAACGACGUUUGAAGGAAAGAAUGAUUCAGGAGGGCUUAAUUUCGGAUGAGGAAGAAGAUAACCAACUAUCUCCUGCCAAACAACGAGCACUGAGAGCUGAAAAACGCGCUGCUUGGAGACAAGCACGACUUAAGUCUCUCGAGCAGGACGCUCUCCAAGCACAAAUAGUGAUCAAGAAGAUGAACGAGAUGAUGGAUACAUCUGGAAAGACAGAUACUUUAGGUGAAUUGGCAGUCAAAGUUGCAGACCCUCCAACGGAACCAGAGAACGUGACGGAAUUCGCUACAUUACGACCGUCUAGUGCAGAUUUCCCUAAGCUUGCUGUGCGCAGCAAGAUUGGCCCCCCAAAGGCUGUCCGCGAAUGUGAAAAAGUAGUGGAUGAAAAGGUCACUCGGCGCACCGAAGAGUAUGUGGACGAAGUGACGGGUGAACGCCGUGUGCGAACCGUUGAAUACGUCGAGAAGCUGAUUGAGCACGAGGUCGAAACUCUCAGAGAAAAAAUUAUCUCACUGGAGCUCAGUAAUGCCGAAGAGGAAGCUGAAAGUAUCGGAGGAACUGGUGCCAGUGAUGCUGAAAGUGAGAGCGAAGAUCCCACAGCUCAAACUUCUGCGAGUACACCCGUCGAAGAGAAAGACACCAGAUCUCAUACUUCCACACCAAUCCAUGUUAAUCUCCCACCGACUAUACCGCUUAAAAAGAAAAAACGAAAGCGUUCGCGCAAAGGACGUCACUAAUAAUAACAAUGAAUUUAGCGAUUCUAAAACAUCCGACAAUAUUCACGUAGGAUAGUAUUGAUGAAUUCAUAUUAUAAAAUGUCACGUCAUCCUACCGAUUAUGUAAGCUCUUAUUCAGCUUUUACAAUUUGACAUACUGAAAUGUUGCUUUGUGCAAUAUUUUUUUCCCAAAUCAGACUAGCAUACAUGAGUGAUUAGUAUUUUGAACAUAAAAUUCAUCAAACAUAGAUCGUAACCACUUGUUGAAUAUUUCAGACAACAAAUUAGCACGAACACACUGCUGGUAUUUAGUGGUUUCGAGAAAUAAAUUACUUUUCUCGGGCAGCAGUUGUUUCAAAAAUUGAUCAAAUAUUAUGCUGCCAGUCAACAUUCAUUUAUAUGUCUCAAUUUUAUCAAACAAAUUACCCUUUCACUUACUUAGUAACUUGUAUAAUUAAGUACUUGACACAUUGACCUUUCAAUGUGCGUAAAGGUUUCGGGUCUUACCAGAAGUGUACAUUCCUAAGUAUUUUUCUAUUAAUAUAGUUACAUCACAUGUUAACCGUAUGUAUUUUAAAUGGUAGCUAGUGGUUUUUUUUCAAUAAAAACUGUCUGAAAGAAUUCACAUGCUGUAAGGAUUCGGUCAAGCGGGUUCCUCAGGCCAAUGGCAGAGUUAACCUACCGCUGCCCAUUAUUACCAUGAUUAGGCGUGAUCAAGGUCCUCCUGAAUGGCUCCAAGGUCCACUUGACCAAAGCGUCACAGCAUGUAUUUUUCUGUUCAUUGAAAGUACACAGCAUUCAGGCAAAAGCGAGUCAAAGUAUUAAAUCAGGUCAAAGGCAGUAAAACACUAUUUAUUUAAUUGCUAAUGGUACUAACUAGUUCUCAUUUAGACAAAAAUCUGACUUAAGCUAUGUGAUUGACAGCUCCUCGUGCUACAGAACGUGACGUGUACCAUAUUUUGCAUUAUAGUUUAAUGUAUUGAUGUAUAUAAAUAAAUAACUUGGUAUAUUUUAAAUAA